CCAUAGGGGGGAUAUUUCCACGAAGAACGUCCAUCGGAGGAAGUCGUCCCCAUUUCUCUUCAUCAGCUGGCGUUUCAAGACCUCAAUAUUUGUGGCUGAGACAUAAUUUUCGUGUAGAAACUGAGCCAUGGGACGAAGCAGAAGCAGAACGCCGCCACGAAGGGAGAGGCGUCGUUCACGCUCGUCCUCAAGGGACCGUGAAAGGCGGCGACGGGAGAGGGAACGCUCCAGGUCCAGAGAUCGAGACAGACGUCGCAGCCGCUCGCGCUCACCACACAGACGACGAUCCAGGUCCCCUCCUCGUCGCCACCGCUCCUCCUCCCAAGAUAGACGUGAUGAUGACAAGAAGGAGGGGAAGGACAAGCCUGUGAAAGUGCAUCAAAUAUCAGAGGAGGACAUGGAGGGCAAAACGGAGGAAGAGAUUGAGAUGAUGAAGCUGAUGGGAUUUGGGUCAUUUGACAGCUCCAAGGGGAAGAAGACAGAUGGAUCAGUCAAUGCAUAUGCUGUCAAUGUCAGCAUGAAAAGAAAGUACAGGCAGUACAUGAAUCGAAAAGGUGGAUUCAACAGACCACUGGAUUUCAUUGCGUGAACCUCUGCAGAGUGCAACUUGCUGUGUUUUUUUUUUUUUUUGCUUGUAUGCUUUCCAGGACUUUUGAAUUGUUUGCCAUUAGUUUUAGGAGGAUGUGGUUGUACAGUUGUUGCUGUGUUGUUACUUUUGGAUCACUGGGCAAAUUCCACAAAGUUUAAAACCUUUGCACAGCUGAGAUCCACACCUCUGGUCUACAUUGCAGUGGGAGGCUGUAUUUUGUUUUUAGUAAUGAUGCUGCAGUUUCUGGUGUUACUAUGUCAUUGUCAACAUAUGUGAAACUUUAUAAUACAAAUAAACCAUUCAUAUUCCAGUUUUAA